AUGAGUGGAUUCCGUGUAUUAGAUUUGGUGAAACCUUUCUCACCCUUUCUUCCAGAAGUUAUUGCUCCUGAACGUAAAGUUCAAUUUCAACAAAGAAUUAUGUGGACAAUUAUUACUUUAUUAAUCUUUUUAGUAAUGUCAGAAAUACCUUUGUAUGGUAUUGUAUCAAGUGAUUCUAGUGAUCCAUUAUUUUGGUUAAGAAUGAUGUUAGCUUCUAAUCGUGGUACUUUAAUGGAAUUAGGUAUUUCUCCAAUUGUUUCGUCUGGUAUGUUAUUUCAAUUAUUACAAGGUACUAAAUUAAUUAAUGUUGAUAUGAGUAAUAAAAAUGAUAGAGAACAAUUUCAAGUUGCUCAAAAAUUAUUAGCUAUUUUAUUAGCAAUUGGUCAAGCUACUGUUUAUGUUUUAACUGGUAUGUAUGGUCCACCAUCUUCAUUAGGUAUUGGUGUUUGUUUAUUAUUGAUUUUACAAUUAGUAUUUGCCAGUACUAUUGUUAUUCUUUUAGAUGAAUUAUUACAAAAGGGUUAUGGUUUAGGAAGUGGUGUUUCAUUAUUUACUGCCACAAAUACUUGUGAACAAGUAUUUUGGAAAGCCUUUGCUCCAACAACUUCAAGUUCUGCCAAGGGAACUGAAUUUGAUGGUGCUGUUGUUGCUAUGUUUCAUUUAUUAGGGUCAAGAAAGGAUAAAAAGAGAGCUUUAAUUGAAGCUUUUUAUAGACCAAAUUUACCAAAUAUGUUUCAAUUAUUAGCAACAUUAGUUGUAUUCUUUGGUGUUGUUUAUUUACAAGGGUUUAGAAUUGAAUUACCAAUUAAAUCAACUAGACAAAGAGGUCCUUAUGGAUUAUAUCCAAUUAGAUUAUUUUAUACUUCAAAUAUUCCAAUUAUGUUACAAAGUGCAUUAUCAUCAAAUAUUUUUAUUAUUUCCCAAUUAUUAUUUAUGAGAUGGCCAAAUAAUCUUUUAGUUAAACUUUUAGGUAGUUGGGAUACAAGACCAGGAUCUUCACAAUUAUAUGCCAAUAGUGGUAUUGCUUAUUAUAUGCAACCACCAUUUUCAAUGACUGAAGCUUUAUUAGAUCCAAUUAAAACUACUGUUUAUAUUGCUUUCGUUUUAGGUUCAUGUGCUGUUUUCUCAACUACUUGGAUUGAAAUUAGUGGUACUUCACCAAAAGAUGUUGCUAAACAAUUUAAAGAACAAGGAUUAGUUAUUGCUGGUCAUAGAGAUACCAGUGCUUAUAAAGAAUUGAAAAAGAUUAUCCCCACUGCUGCUGCAUUUGGUGGUGCUACUAUUGGUGGAUUAUCGGUUAUUUGUGAUUUAAUGGGUACUUUAGGUUCAGGUACUUCUAUUCUUUUAGCUGUUACUACUAUUUAUGGAUAUUAUGAAUUAGCAGUUAAAGAAGGUGGUUUUAGUAAAAGUAUUGUUAGUGGAUUUUCUGAUGGUAUCUAG